AUGGCAGAAAAGCUUGGGAAGGACAUCGAGGCAAGCCUCUCGAAUGGCAACGAGAUCAGUCGUACGGUGUCGAUUGGCGAUGGCUCAGAGAAGCGUGUGCUAGACUCCCGCGAUGUGGACGCCGCGCUCAAUUUCUUGGAAAGCCACGGCCAGACUUUGAGCUUCGAAGAUAUUAACGAGAAGAAGCUUGUGCGCAAGGUCGACUGGAUGCUCAUGCCUUUGAUGUUUGGUUGCUAUUUUCUACAGUACAGUGACAAGACAUUGAUCAACUUCGCAUCGGUCAUGGGUCUGAUUGAAGAUACGAACAUGCCACCGAACGGCUUCUCAAAUUUGGCCAUGGUCUUCUACGUAUCCUUUUUGGUAUGUGAGCCGCUGCAGACGUACUUUAUUCAGCGCUUCCCUGUCGCAAAGUGGCUGGGAGUCAAUGUGAUUCUAUGGGGUAUCACCGUGGCAUGUAAUUCUGCUGUCAGCAACUAUGCGUCCGUGGUGGCACUCAGGGUGUUAUUGGGCGUCAUGGAAUCAUCUGUCGCGCCCUCCUUGAUCCUGAUCACGGGCAUGUGGUACACUCGCUCUGAGCAGGUCGUUCGAUCAGGUAUCUGGUACCAGGGAACAUCGAUCGGCCCAGCCAUAAGCUCACUUCUCAGCUUUGGUUUCCUGCACUACGCCAACUCUCAUCCGAAUGCUGCCUUCAAAAGCUGGCAGAUUCUGUUCCUCCUAUAUGGCCUAGUCACUAUCGUCGUUGGGAUUUGCGUGGUGCUCUUCCUGCCAGACAAUCCCAUGCAAGCGAAGCGUCUUACCGAUACCGAGAAGAUCUUCAUCAUCAACCGCGUUCGCAGUAAUGGCACCGGUAUCGAAAAUAAGAAGUAUAAGCCGAAGCAAGUUCGGGAGACACUCCUGGACGUGCGUACGUGGUUGAUAUCACUGAUUGUUAUAUCUACCAAUGUGCCGAACGGAGCUGUGUCCUCCUUCCAGUCGAUCAUCAUCAAAAGUUUCGGAUUUGAUGAAUACGAGACCCUGCUUCUAGGUAUCCCAGGCGCGGCAAUCGCGUUCUGUUCAGUCCUCUUCGGAACGCUUUGGGCAGGCCGUUUCAACGCCCGAUCAUAUGCAAUCAUCUUCCUGAUCAUACCGACCUUGACCGGAGGUGCCUUGAUGGCAUGGCUCCCGGCUGACAACAAGGCUGGGUUGUUGGCAGGGAACUAUAUUACGAAUACCGUUGGGGCCUCUCUGCCUUUGCUUUACUCCUGGAUCACGGCCAAUUACGCAGGCUAUUCGAAAAAAACCACGAUGAGCGCUAUCGUGCUCAUGUCUUUCUGCGUCGGGAAUAUCAUUGGACCUAAAACAUUUCAGGCGAAAGAUGCUCCGGCAUACAUUCCAGCCAAAAUUACGAUUGUCGCUUUCCUAUCAUGUGCGAUCGUGCUGGUUGUGACGCUGGACUUCUUAUAUGUUAGGGAGAACAAGAAGCGUGAUCGUGCGGGCGAGGUGGAAAUGCCGGAGGACUGGGAGCUCAUGGACCUGACUGAUAAGCAGAACUUGCGCUUUAGGUAUCUGCUCUAG